AUGGAUCCUGAAAUUGUGGUGGGCAUCGACUUUGGCAUGACUUGUACUGGAGUCGCCUAUUCGAUGGCACCAGACUGGGCAGCACCUACAACGAUCCAGCAUUGGCCAGGACGACCAAGUCAGAACCUCAACAAAGUCGACACCAUGGUUGCAUAUCAAGCUGAACAAGAGCAAGCUGUGGCCUGGGGCUUCUUGAUUGACAAAGAUGUCUCGCAUGAGCUAGUAGUUCAGUCUCUUUUCAAAUUGUUCUUGGAUCCCAUGCAUGAGGCUCAGUCGCGACACAAACCUGAUGUUCAAGAGGCUCGCAAGUGGUUCGUGGACUACAUGAGCUGCCUAUUCGAUGCAAUCGUCCAGCAUUUUGAUGACAGUUAUGCACGUUGGCGUACGAAAAGGGUCGAGUUUUUGUUCAGUGUCCCUACGACAUGGAAAAAUCCUGCCAUGGUUGCAGAGAUUGAAGUCUUGAUCAAGCAAGCUGGCUUCGGAAGCAUGAGAAAUCACGCUGUAAAAAUCUCACUGACAGAAGCAGAAGCUGCGGCAGUCUGUGUGUCGAAGCAGGGUUACGAAAAGGGUGAUGUGUUCGUGGUAUGUGAUGCUGGCGGCGGAACAACCGACAUCAACAUCCUCAAGAUCAAGAACACGGAUCCUGGACAACGCGAGGUCGAGCCUCUUGAUUGGGUAGAGGGAACCGCAGUGGGUUCCACCAUGAUUGACUUCAAAAUCGAAGAGUUGAUCUUGGAACGGCUUGAACGCAUCGAGAACCACCUCCGUGAUCCGGCCGAGCAGCUGGCUGGGAAAAUGGUAGACUCGCUGAGCUUCCAAACAUACAAGUGUAGCUUUGGCCUUGAUGCGCAGCAAGGACUUGAUCUUUUCCUUACAGUACCCGACCUUCCGACUGGUCUCGACUUUCCCGAGAGCAACAUACAAGACUCUAAGAUGAGAAUCACAAGGGAAGAGUUCCAGCAAGUGUUCGACGAACGCGUCGACAAGAUUUUCCAACUCCUCGAUUCUCAAAUCAGACAACUUCAAAACACGCAUGCGCGUGAGACUAUAAAUUAUCUCAUCCUCUCUGGAGGUCUAGGGUCAUCGCCUUACUUGAAGCAACGCAUGCGCAAGCGUUACGAGCAAGAUGCAAACACAGACCUCUACAACGCUCGCGAUGUGAAAGUCUUGGUGGCGCCGGAACCACAAUUAGUUGUGACCCAUGGACUUGUCAUGGACCGCGUUCAGAGGCUUCAAGGAAGUGGAGGUAUCUAUCCCGAAAAGUGCUGCAGGAACAGCUACGGACUAGUCGUUCGCAAGUUGUAUGAUCCGAAACAGCAUGUUGGAGAAGAUGUCUCCGUGGAUCCCCGAGACGGGAAAAAAUGGGCAGAGAAGCAAGUUCAUUGGUUUAUCCGCCGGGGUGAGAAGAUCUCUGUGGAAAAAGGCAUCAGCGAGGCCUACAGACUGAAGAUCAAUCUUGGUCAAGAGACCGUCCCUUGGAGGACUCAAGUUGUGAUGUGCGGGUUGCCAUCUGAACAGCUUCCGAAGAGCACCAAGCACACUUCCGUGAAGUCGGUCUGUCACAUCGAAUCCGUGCUCAACCCUGACGACAUGAAGCUGAAGAACAGACACUGGUACAAUUUCAAGCCACGCUACAAUCGUGCGGAUUUCAAUCUCAAGGUCAUGUUGGGAUCUGCCGAUCUAAAGUUCCAGCUUUGGAGCAAAGGAGAAAGAUUAAGCAAAGACCACGAGGAUAUUGGUGUUAUGUGGUAUGCCCCGACUGAGAAGGUUCAUAUGGCCACAAGUGUUGUGCAGGACACGUCUGAGAUGUAUCGCGUCUGA